AUGGACAGUUCGGCCCCUCCUUACCAAUUGUUCCACGCGCGUUUCUAUGAGCCGUUGUCCCAUCCAGACUCCAUACGCGUUCUGACCGUAUUCGAGUGCGACAAUGAGCAGGACGACAUCGAGGGAUACAUUUCUGAAGUACGCCUCUCCAAUAUCAGCAAUGAAGAUGACGGAUACACAGCUCUCUCAUACGCGUGGGGUGAUCGCAAGUUCACUCAUGAGAUCUGGAUCGGCGAUCAGAGGCUCCUCAUAGGCGCCAACCUGGACUCGGCACUACGCCACCUUCGUCGCCAGGACGGCCCCAUCCGCCUGUGGGUCGACGCAGUCUGCAUGAACACGGAGGAUUUGGAUGAACGGAACCAUCAGGUACAGCAGAUGCGCGAUAUCUUCUCUGCCGCCUAUGAAACUAUCAUCUGGCUUGGGGAGCAAGACGGUGGCAACACUAGCGUCGCUGCCUGGAAUUUCCUGGAGAGACACAGCCCGUGGGCCUUGAACGACCGUCAUGAGCGUGACGAGACACUCCCGGCAAAGCUAGACGAAGAAUUGCUCUCCUUCCGCGGCGAGCUCAGAGACGUUGAGAUUGACGUGCUGUCCAGACCGUGGUUUAGACGGCAGUGGGCCGUCCAGGAGAUUGUGGUCUCACGGAAUCUAUCUAUUCAGUGCGGCAAUCGGCGUAUCCCUUGGGACGGCUUCUGCAAGGCGGUCCUUCUCUCGGAGAGGCACCAUGACCGUUAUGGAUUCAGCAUACGAGAUGACGAUAAAACGAAUAUCGUAAGGCAUAUGCACCGCGCACGGGUUGAGUAUCUACGGCACCGUGGUCUCGACGAAUUUCUGCCCUCCUGGCAGCUCCCUGAAUCAAACGGCUCUCCCCCGGGCGUGUUGAAAAUCUUCAAGCUACUUCAAAGAGGCAGAUACCUCGAGACCUCAGAUGCAAGAGACAAUAUCUUUGGGGUUCUAGGCAUAGCCGAAGGCAUUGACACAAACGACCCCAGGUUUAGGGUUGACUACAGACUGUCUCCGCAAGACCUGUACACCAACUUCGCAAAGAACGUCAUCGAAGCGACUGGCUCUUUCGAAAUUCUAUCCUAUGUCGCCCUCUCGGCCAUGGGGGCCGGACACAGAGCGGCUAUCACAACACCAUCCUGGAUACCAAACUGGGAUUAUUGUGGGCCGGUUACAAGUCGCUCUCUUUCUUAUCGAAGCCACCUAACCAUCCUCGACACUCUCCCGACGGAAUCAGAAGAAGAAAUCGAGUCACGCCGAAUUCGAGUUGCGAACAGUAACAUCAAAUGGUCUCAGUCUGAAGCCGAGGCCACUUCUUUGGGUCCAAUGGAAGUGACUGGCCGGAUUUUAGGGCGAAUAGGAGCUGUCUCGCAUUCAAUAUGGCUGGACCAGAAUUAUGAGGCCUUAUUCAAGCAUGCGAAAGACAUCGCUGAAGAUGAGGCCGAGAGUUUCAUUCUGCAAAUGGCGGUGUGGGUUCGAAAACUGUUGUUUGCUGAUCACGGCAUCAACUUCAAAGCAACUGUGGAUUUCAUCAACAAGGUCAAAGCGGACAGUGUCCAUCGGGAGCAACUUUCCAGUCCCAAGGAAGAUGGACCCAGCUUAUCGGAAGAGUUCUGGGAGGCAGAAAAUGUUGAGACCCAAAUCUAUCGUCACCUAAAGCAGGCCACCAUACAAUCACCUAACAUUCCAGUGCAACAACAUCUCUAUCGCAGAGGACAGGGGACUGCGCGCGGCUCGGGUCAGAAUCUUGAUGUUGAUGUUCCCCCGGCGAGAAUGUAUCUCAUCGAUGAGGGAUCCAUAGUUGAUUCGAGGAGGUUAGCUAUCUGUGAGCCCUGCACGAGUGCAGAGUCAGCAGGUUCUAGGCAGGCAGAGGGACAACUCGCUCUGGUUCCGACAAAGGCGAGGAAGGGAGACGUGGUGAUUCAGAUCAGUGGAGCGCGUGUUCCCUUUGUGGUCAGGGAGCAUGACUGGUCGGAAACCGUGGCCACUACGGACGAGGAUUCGCUGUCUGAAGAAGGCUCGGAUGUGGACGCGUUGUCUGAAGAAGGUCUGGGUGAUUACGUGGUGGUCGGACCCCGUUCCUGGAAGGUUGUUGGCGACUGUGUGCUCAAUGGGUUCGAGGAGCUUCCUGAAGACGCCAUGGAUAUGAGGUUUCGGCUGGUCUGA